AUGACCUAAUGUAUUUUACUGUUAAACAUUGAGAAAAAUUUUGAAAAAUAAUUGUAAAUGGGUAAUUACUUAAGAGUAAUUUUGUUCUAUACUUUUAGAUACAAGAUGUUUUUCUAAUUUAAUCCGAACUCUUGCUCAAAUUAAUUGUAGCUUUUCUAAAUGAUAAAAUUGUAUUUUAUUUUGUAAAAAAAAGCAUACUUUAAUGAUAAAUUUAANUAGAAACAUAAGCAAUUAAGAAAAGCUUAUCAACUAUCAAAAUGAUCUCAAAAAAACUUUUGAGCAUCUAUCUGUUAAUCCUGAAAAGGUGAUUGAAGUCUAUGCAAAUGGAUCUAAAUAUGAUGGUGAGAAACUAAAUGGAUUGAGACAUGGUUAUGGUACAUUUUUUUAUUAAGAUAACGGAGGUGUAUAUGAAGGCUAAUGGUUUGAAAAUAAAAUGCAUGGAAUAGGUAACUAUUUACAUUUAUCUCCUAUAUUAGGAACACUUUUUUAUGCUUCUGGUAAACCUGCAUAUGAAGGAUAAUGGGUCAAUGAUAAAUUUGAAGGUAAAGGCACUUUGUACAAUGAAGAACCAUAAUCCUUAUUUAGUGAAUUCGAUUAUAGAGAUUUCGAUUAAGUCGGAGAGUAUCUAUUUUCAAUUCAAUCAUAGAUUCUGGACUAAAUAUGUGGGUUUAUUUCAUGAAGAUAAUAAAGAAGGAUAAGGCGUACUAUAUCUAUCUAAUGGUGAUAAAUUUGAAGGCAAUUUUUUGCAAGAUUUAGUUAGUGGCCCUGGAAAAUAUAUUAAAGCAAACGGAUAAUUUGUUUCUGGAAGAUGGUGGAGAAAUAAACUUUAAUAGUGA